UCAAAUUGGAAUUACUUGAAAAGGAUUAAAUUAUUCUUCAUUCUCAAACAAUAUAUAUCAUUUAAAUUGAAGACUAAAACAUAAGUAGGACUUUCAAGAGGCUAAUGCCUUUUCUAGCGACUACUGCUGUUCUUCUUCCUCAGCUAACCUAAACGCUCAAGAAGCAAAAUUCAUCAUUUCCAAGAAUCCAACGGUUCAGUGCAGACCUUGCAACUCAAUAAUGGUAGAAGCACUCAUUAGAAGAUGACUACAAAGCAAGAAGGAGAUGGCAAUGAGAACAAAUUCCCAAACGCAGCAGCAUCCAGUUCAAGAGAAUGGUCAGCAUUUAGGAAUCCGAGAAUUGUACGGGUUUCGCGUUCUUUUGGAGGAAAAGAUAGGCAUAGCAAAGUUUGCACAAUAAGAGGAUUAAGAGACAGAAGAAUUCGGCUUUCUGUACCAACAGCAAUUCAACUGUAUGAUCUACAAGAUAGGCUCGGGUUGAGCCAACCCAGCAAGGUAAUUGACUGGUUAAUUGAUGCUACUAAAAAUGAUAUUGAUAAACUUCCUCCUCUUCAUUUGCCUCAAGGAUUUGGUUAUCAAUUUCAUCAACAAAUGCUACUUUCUAAUGGAUCAACCAAUAACAAUAAUAAUGAUAAUCAUGGCAAUCAAGAUCAAGAUUCAACCGCAAAGUUCAAGUAUUGGGAGGCUGAAGCUUCAUUGAAAAAUAUUGCUCAUCAAGAGAAAGGAAAGUGGAUCAGAACUAAUGAUCAAGAUGGUGGGUUUAAUUGCAAUUCAGCUCAAAACUUGUUUCCUUUAACAAGUAAUCAUUCUUCUUUACCCAAUUUGCUAAGCAAUCCUUUGCCUUACUAUCAUUGGGAUGCUUCAAAUUUAUCUUUAUCUCAAUUUGGUCCUCAUCAUGGAUUUCUUCCUCAAUCUUCAUCAGAAACUUCCCUAAAUAGCAAUACUAAUAAUAAUCCUACGGUUCCAUUGCCAUCAUCACUAGCUUUCUCUUCUAAUAAUGCUCCUACUUCUCAUCAAUUCUUUUUCUGUCCGCCCGCGACAAUGUCUUCCCUAUUUCCACAAUAUCCUCCUUAUUCUAUUACUCCAUUGGAGAAUGAAUGGAGGGACAUUAAUCACUUCCAGUUAUUAAACCCUUCUGGUUCACAACAUAUGGCUCUCCCUACUUCUCGCGGUAUAAGCUCGCCAAAGAAGAACUUCUCAUUGAAUGUAAAUCAUGGGUUUGCUCAUGCUUAUAGUACUAAUAAUAAUGAAAGGCAAUCAGUUGAUAAAGAUUCAUAAUAUCUUUCAUAUCGAUAUCGUUUCGUGUUUAAUAAGUUCAAGUGAUGUCUCUUUUGAUUCGAAUGCCUCAUCAUUUAUAUGCAAUGAUCAACUGGGGAGUACUCAAGAUGCUUGUCGAUCGAUCACCAUGAAUUGUUUGCUUCUAAUACAAGUAAGAUACUGGAUAAUUCUCCUGUGUUGGCUUUUAAUUUGUUUAUAUAGAUAAUUUUAUCUGCAGACAGUUAUGUCGAUCAAGGUAAAGUUUGUAAUUGCAAUUUCAGAUUUUCUAAUUAAUCAAGUUUCUUAUACUUAUAUUACUAAA